AUGAUUUCCAACUUCCUUCUCGUCUGUUUCAUUGCUCCGGUCGGGCUGGCCGUCCUGGCAGCCAUCACCUUUCUCCUGCCGCCCAGCAAUUUCCCCAAGAAUAUUCCAACCAUCCCGUUUUACUACACUCUUCUUCCGCUUUUCCGCGACUGCGACCAGGAGACUCUCUAUCGAGAAUACCUCGAGGAGCCACUCAAGAAGUAUGGCGCUGUCAAAAUCUUCUUCGCUUCGCGCUGGAAUGUUUUGGUGCAGCGGCCCGAACUGCUCCAGGAAGUGUUCAAGAACGAGGAUUUGUACGCCAAAAGCGGCAACCAAAAAAAGAUCCCGUACAGUGUCAUCGCAGAUUACACGGGCGACAACAUCAUUUCGGCCCAUGGAGCUGACUGGCGGCUGUACCGGUCUGUCAUUGCUCCUGGACUGCAGCGAGACUUCGACAGCAAGCCCCUGGUCCGGAAUGCGAACCUACUAGCAGAUCUCUUCGUCGAGCAACAGAAGAAGUCUCGUACGUCUGGCGUUCUCGUGCUUCCGGUCCUACAAAGGCUUUCACUGGAGAACGUUGCUCAGAGCCUCUUGGGCACCUGUUUCGGAACUCUCGAAAACCCUCAGGCGACCAUGAAUCAGAUGCAGGUGGCAGUGAAACGAGAGAUAUUCAAGCCAUUGUUCCUGAACUUUCCAUUCCUCGACCGCUUCCCCAUCCCGAGCCGGAAACGGGCACGUCAGCUCGUCGAUGACUUCGCCAGCCACCUUUGCACCAACGUGUUGGAAAGCCACCAACACGACCACGACGAGAAAAUGGUCAACGCCUCCGCCGGAUGUCACCUGGUGCGAGCCUACCGGUCCGGGCUCCUCACGGAGCAGCAGUUCCGGCACAACGUCUCCAUCAUCCUGAUCGCCGGCCACGAGAACCCCCAGCUGCUCUUCCAAUCCCUGCUCUUCCUCCUCGGCCAACACCAAGACGUGCAGCAGCGGAUCCGCGAGGAAGUGGCCGCGGCCAAAGAAGCAGCAGCAGCAGCAGCAGCAGCAGCAGCAGGCGGGGACGGCGCAUCAAUCCAUGAGCUGAACACGCCGUACCUCACAGCCGUCGUGUACGAGACGCUGCGGCUGUACCCGCCCAUCUCGCAGCUCAUCAACCGGCGCACGACGGCGCCGACGGUGCUGGGCGGCGGCGUCGCGCUGGCGGCCGGCACGUACGUCGGCUACAACGGGUACGCGACGGGGCACGACGCGGCGUUCUGGGGCGCCGACGCGGACGCGUUCAGGCCGGAGCGGUGGGGCGCGACGGCGGACGAGGUCAGGGCGACGUUCCGGACGGCGAGCCGCAAGGGCGGGUUCAUCGCGUUCCACGGCGGGCGGCGGGCGUGUCUGGGCCGCAGGUUCGCCAUGACGGAGGCGCGGCUGACGGUGGCGGUGCUGGUGGAGAGGCUGGCUUGGCGGAUCGAUCCCGCUUGGCGGAGGCGCAUGACGCCGGCGGGGCCUCUGAGCCCGAUGCUCCUUCGGCUUAUCUUUGAGGAGAGAUGA